CUGCCGCGGCGGAGGCCCCCUCACGGGGCGGCGCUGCCAUGGCGGCGGUGGCGGCGGGUAAGGCGGCGGGCGCGGCCCACGCUCACGGCGAGGGACGCGGCGGCGGCGGCGGCUUCCUGGGGCCGCGGGUGCCCGCUGAGGUGGAGGCGAUGGCGCGGGGCGUGCAGGAGGUGGGCCACGAGACCUUCCGCCGCCUCCUCAGAGUCACUGUUAAUGCAUUGGAAGGAAAAGACUGCAAAGAAUCUGUCAAGCUGAUUGCAGAAAGUACUAGUCUCUCAGAAGAGCAGCUUGCUUUCCUCAUUUCUGGCAUGUAUACCCUUCUCCGAGAAGCUCUGAGACUCCCCUUAUCGACUUUCAAACAAGAAGUUUUUAAGGAAGACCUAAAGGAGCUCAGGAUACCAGAAGAUUUCAUCACGGACUUUUCCAGUAUUGUCUUUGGUAACAGGCGUCCUGUUUCUGAAGGCACAGCUCUGAUGCAAGGAAGUAGGCUGCCAAAUGUCCAGGACUUCAAGUGGAGAGUGGAUGUAGCUAUAUCCACAAGUUCACUGGCCCGUGCACUUCAACCAUCCAUUUUAAUGCUGAUGAAGCUUUCAGAUGGGACAGCUCAUCGCUUUGAAGUGCCAGUUGCAAAGUUUCAGGAGCUGAGAUACAAUGUUGCCCUUAUACUGAAGGAAAUGAAUGAUUUGGAGAAAAGAAGCAUAUUGAAGAUCCAGGACUGAACACUUCUAAAUCGGGAGUUUACAGAACAGAUCCGAAACCCUCAGUGAAUUUUGUGAAUGGUAAAGCAGAGGACCAUCACCGCUUUGCCUGUCUGAAGUGCAAUGUAGCAUUUAUGAUGUCUGUUGUAAAUAUUUUUUCAAUUCAAGUGUUAAAAGCACAAGCUCUUUUCUUAAGACUUAAAAACAAAAAAUAUAUUGAUGGAAAAAGUAUAAUCCUAUUUGUGACCAUUUUUGCAUGAUUCAUCAAAACAUUUUUAAAUAACUGUCUUAAUAGAUGUAAGAACCAUUUCUUCCUGAUUAUGAUUCAUCACUCUAAUUAUUUUUGAAAGCCUGCUCCCAGAAGCCCCAUCAAUGUGUAUCAGAAGAAAGCCCUGCAAUGUCUCAAAUAAAAAAAAUUAAAAAAAAAAAAGCAACCCACUGCUGUGCCGUAAUACAACAAAUGUGAAAUUGAUUGAGUUUGGCAUAAGUAAAAUUGCUGUCUGCCUUCUUGGUAAGUGACUCAGGUAUAGGUACAGAUAUUUAAAAGCUAAUUUGGAAGAAAAUUGUAAGCCUGGGGACCAAGAAAGAAGUAUGGAUUGAACUUCUAAAACUAAUUCCAUGGAACUGAAGAAGUGGAAAGGUGCAAUCCAAGUCUGCCAGGUUGACAAGUAUGGGCUAAACAGUAGUAAUCUCUAAGUGGGAAUACAUGCCUGCCUUAGCUCAUGCAUUUCCUAUGUUCAAUGUGAACUGAAUCAUCUGACUCAUUACAGGGCAGAAACCUCUGGCCUGAGAUGGUAGCAAACAGCAGAAGGCAGCAGCCUGGUAGACCACUACAGCUGAUACACUCAUUAGUAGUGCAAGUCAGACCACAGGAUGAGGAGGCUGCAUACAGCCACUGAGAUGAAGGUGACAGGUAUGAGGAUAUUCAAGCACCCAAGUCAAAAAAACUGUUAAGCACGGGCUGAAGGUUCUUUUGCCCCAUGCGCAAAGCUUUGAGGAAUUCUCUUAAUUUGAAGCAUAUGUUUUAAGUCUCAUUUAAACUCAAGGGACCACAAAUAUGACCCUAAGGGUUUUGCCAAGAAGGGAUGCAUUCCUGAAUCAAUGGCUGAAAGUUUUCCCCCAGGAGCAAAGACACGAAGGCUGAGCAAUGGCCAAACACAGCAGAGCUGAUGGUCCCUACAACUACAGGAUCUAUCUGACUGUCAAGAGGUAAUUUAGAACACGUAUGCUGCUACCAAUGUUAAGCAUUGGCUUACUCUAGCUGCUUGCUGGGUUUCUGUCUCAGUGGUGCCACCCCUACUUCUCCCUCCCGUGUUGUGUGAUUGUAGAACUCAUUUUUAUCUCCCUCCUUCCUUGCAGAAAACUACUGAAAUUAAAAUUAUGGAUCUGGGAGGCCUUUUACACUUCAACAGGUGUUUGUGCAGGAAAGGAUGAGUUGGUCUUGGAUUUUAAGAAUCACAACAGGCAUAAGACUUUGGUGUCAUACUUUUUAAGAGGAGACUUCUUUGGUGGCAGUCCAUACCAAUCUACAGACAGCUGAAUAGCUGCAAGACAGAAAGCUUUUCAAACCUAUGCAUGAAAGUGUCCUGUAGUUUCAAAUAAUAACCUGGUCAGCCAUGAUUUUAAAAAGCUGCAUGUUCUAUUUGCUGUAUUUGUAGGGGACCCAUCAACUUAUAGUACGGUUUGAUCCAUACUAUUAACUAUUGUGUUUAGCUCACAGCAAAGCAAAUAAAAAUGAAUUAGCUUCUCUAACUUCAAGAGGACUGUAUAUUGCAUUAAUUUGAUGUUUUCGUUUUGCUUUGUGAAGUUAGUUCAUCUUACUGGAAUUCCAUUAUCACAAAGUGUGAAACAAAACAUAUGUUCUUAUGUUCCUUGUUACAACUUUUCCCUUUUAAAUGUUUAUCUUUACAUGGUUUUGAGCUGGAAAGGUAUCUCAUCUGAGACCAUUAGUGAAGCCUUUUAUGACAAAUGGAACACUGCAUGGGUGUCUAACGUCUUCUGUUGCUCGAGACAUUUUUCACUGGUGAGCACAGAAGAAUCCAUAAAUAUGCUUACCUUCUAGACAACAUACUCAUUCAGUGGUUCUCCUGUAACAGCAGUUGCAUGCAUUUGCCAGAAAUGGAAAGGCUUCCUGACUGUUUUCUGCAUGUUCUCUGGAAGGGCUGAUGGACCUCUUAGUCUCAAGUUGCCACACAUUAAGCAUCGUGUUACUGUUAUUGGUGGUUUACUGUGCACACUGACAGGAGCUUAAACACUUGGGGUUUUAUUUCUUACUUGCAAAAGGAGUUCAUUUGGGCUCUGCUUUUGACAGAUAAGCCUUUCAGUAAAACAGUUCAGUUUUCACCAAAAUGGCUAGUGGGAAUGGCUGGUGGAUAGUUCCUCAGUUUUGAUAAAAUGAGCCUUCCAAUUGGUGAGUUAUUUAUUAAAUAUUUGUUUGACACUGAAAUAUCUUCUUGCUUCAGGAUUAAAAUACUCUGGAAUAUGAAUUCCAUUGAACUUGUGACUGUAAUCUUUUCAUUUCAAUACAGAAUAAAAGUAA